CUUCAACAUGGCGGUGUCUGUGCAGUGUGAUUUAAGUCAGUAGUGCCUAAUGCAGAAUGCCGGACAGUUCGGCCCAGGAACUGCCAGUGUCCACCCGCCGUCGACGCAGUUCGCACAGUCAGAACCAUCGCCGACUGGUGGGUCCACGACCAGUUCACUAAGGCAGUUUCGCAAAAAAGAUGCAGAAAAAAACCACCUAGACCAACAACCAACCAAACCAAUGUCGGAAAGUCAUGUGGCCAGGGUAGCUCCACACAACCAUUACCCACCACCGGCAUCCAACGAUGUAUACCGGUAUUCUGGACAUCAGUUUGCUGGAUACAGAAGUGACACUUUUAGCCCGGGACAAGUCAAAUACUCUGACCUAGCCGAAGCGUCGCCACCGAACCCUAUAUCAACAUCUGUGAUACAAAAACCUAAAUCUAAGGAAUACAUGGAAAUGUGCAACGUUGAGCCGCAACAGCAUUUAAACAAUCAUCCACAAUAUUCUCCGGAUAAUGGACAGUAUAUGCAUAAAGAUCCAACUCAAAGCUACCCAUCUGGAUUCAAACCAACCGAAUCUCAUUUCUUCCCCAAAGACCAACAUCAGUACCAGCAAAUGGCCCAUCAUGCCGUGCAGACCAAAUACAACGCUCCCAUGAUGGCUCAGAAUAUGAGAAAGUACAAUUCCGCUCCGGCCGAUAAUCCGUUUUUGGAUAAAUUGAGUAAAAUUCAUCCUUCCAUGGCCAGAUCGAUAAUGAGCGACCACCAUUUGCAGAAUCCCCAAGGUUUUCCUCCGAUGGAUCAGAGGGGGAUGUAUCCACAACAGAAUCAUCGUUAUUAUCCUGGAGCCAUGCACCAAGGAAACCCAUACGCUCCCAACCCCAACUAUCCAAUGAACUCACCGCAUACCUAUUCCAACUAUGCAUCUUCUUCCUGCAGUUAUCCCAGAUCUGCUCAAAUGGGUCCCGUGGGAGCCCGAUACGCGCCAAUGGAAAGGAGCCUAUCACCUAGCAGACGACCCUAUCCAGAAACCAUGCAUUCGCCCCACAUAAACUAUCACCAAACCAUGCAUCAAAAAAUACCUUCCGGCUCAAACUAUCCACAGUAUGCUAGAGCGCCUGAAUAUGCUCAACAUUAUCAGCAUAGACGUAUGCCUCAAGAUUAUUAUGCGCAAGGUUGUAGACCUGGCCAGUAUAUUCAGGGACAUCAUCAAAUGACUGGUCAAGAAAUGCAGGAAAUGCAAAAUAAUACUGUAUCUCCUUCAGACAGUUUGAAAAAAUUCAUUGAAAAUUGGGCUGACGAAGAGCCUUUGCCUGAAAUCAAUCCAAUGGACCCAAAUUUACGAGACAAAUUAAGAGACGAUGCUCCUGGUACUGUUUACAUGAUCAAUCCAAAUGAUCUACAAUAUUUUGAAAAUAACGGUAUUCCAAUUGUUACGUCUGAUAAUGGCGGAUUUCAUAUGACAUCCGAAAACUAUCAAAACUUAUUAAAAAACGGUCUAGUUGAUAACACAGCCAUAGUCCGAAUAAUAGAAUCCAACAAAGACAAUCCUAGUGACAACCAAGACCGUGUAGUUAAUCUACAAAUAAUGGAAACCUCUAAAUCAGACUGUAUGUUGGCCAACAAACAAUUGAGACCUAGUGAUGGUACGGCGUUUAAUCCAGAAGAUUCUAAUCGGCGUGUGGUAAUCCAUCAAAACACUAUAAUUGCUUCUUCUAUAAAUGAUAAAUCAAAUCCAGACCAAAAUAUGCCUUUAGUAGAUAAUAAUAAUAGUAUUACCAAAGAAUUAGUGGAUAAAAAUUGCUCACCAAUCAACUUGGACCAUUUAGAUAAUCUUGGUUUUAGUGAACCACCCGAGACUGAAAAUGCUAAAGAUUCUAAUAUUAGCCCUGAUGAUUUGUCUUCGUCAAUUGAUAUAUCACCAGAUGGUAAUAAGAGUAUGCCUAUUAUCGACUUUUUUGCUGAAGCUGCUGUAGUAAACCACGAGGAAAAUAAAGGUGAUAUGAAUGAAGAAGAGGAAGCAGAAAAUUUUAAAUCUACUGCACCAAAUUUCAAUACUGUCAUUGUUGCUCCGGAAAUUAGAGCUGACUCUGCAGCAAAUAGUGAAGAUAAAUUUGAACCAGAGAAAGAUUGCCCAUCUGAGCCUGAUCGCAGAAAAAGAAUAUUCUCGGUAGACGACAUCAUGCACAACAUUGGCAAUAAUUCCAGACGAAAUUCUGAUACCAUUAGUUGCAGUCACCAAGCAAUUAAGGAAUUUAUUGAAAGGGAAAUCGCAUAUUCAUCGUUGGAACAGUUACGAUGCCGUUUUCAUUUAAUACGGAUGAAAAUGAAAAAUCCAAAAAGAUCCAGUCUUCCACAAAUGGAUGAGUCAAGAGAUCAUUUGAAUGAUUUAUUAAAGAAAUUUCUUCAAAGGGAAAUUGCAUUUUCAUCGUUAGAACAGCUUCAAUGCCAUUCACAUUUAAUGAAAAUAAAAGUAGAAAGUGAGGAACAACCUGGAUGCAAUAUUUCGUCAACAUUGAGAAAAGACAAAGAACCGGAUGAAUUAGAAGACUUUAUUAAAAGAGAAAUUGCAUUUUCAUCUUCGGAACAGUUUGCAUUAUUGAAGGCAAGAAAUAUGCAAAAACCUCAAGAUUUAAGAAGAUCCAAUAUUGAACAAAUGGAAACGUCUACAACAAUGGAAAUAGACAUAAAAACUGAAGAUGAAUUGGGGAAUGAAUUAAAGGUCUUUAUUGAAAGGGAAAUUGCAUUUUCAUCUUUGGAACAAAUGCAGUGUCAUUUCCAUUUGAUGAAGACGAAUUUGAAAAAUAUGGAAAAAUCUGCAGUUUCAACAAGUUCCAAUAUUAUACGAGUAGAAGGCACAACGACAUUGCUUGAGUUAGCUGGAGAAUUGAUGGAAAUCACUGUAAAUAUUGUCAAUGGCCGAAAAGUUAUAAAUGUGACUCCUUUAUCCAAUUCUGUGGCAACCGUUGAUGUUAAUGAUAAUUAUGAAGUGUCUUUGGCAACUGAGGAAUCAAAUCAGUCUGGAGACCUUUCAAAUAAUUUUAACGAACCUUCAGUUGAUCAGAAUGAGAGUGAAAAAAAACUUGUUGAAGAGAAUGUAGGUGAUUCAUGUCAAAAUAUGGAUGUAGACGAAUCAUUAGCUGUUGUAGAAAUUUUCAAUGAGGCUUCUGAUCAAGCAUCCCCAAUUGAAGAAGUCACUAUGCAUUUUGAUUUUGAAUCUUCCGUCACAUACCAAGAAAAUGUUGAAGAUACUGACAAAUCAUCUAUAAAAGACAAUGAAGCUUCUGUAGAAGAUUUGUCGGCAAAGGCUUUAUUAACUGAAGAACCAGAACAAUCAGAAAUUGUUCAAGAUACUAGAUAUGCACUUGAAGUUUAUAAUAGUUCCAGUAAUAGUGUCCCAGAUUCAAUAAAAUCAACAACUUCAGACGAUGAUGAUACUUCUAAUGAACAAUCAAAAGAAGAAAUUGCUACUGGAGAGAAACAUGAGGAAAUAAAUGAUAAUGGCCCUAUUGCAAAUGAAGAAAAUAUUGAAGAAUCCAAAGCUGAAGAUUUAUCUAUAGAAAAAACUUCUUUUGAAACAAGAGAAGAGAAUAAUUGUCUUGCUAGUGAACCUAUUCUGCAUAAUGAAUCUACAGAAUUGAAAGUCGAGAAUUUAUGUGAGGAAAUAGUUCUAGAUACUGAAACCACAAAAUCAGAAGUUAAGAAUGAAAUGUCUGAAAUAUUGGCAGAAGAUGAGUUGAAAACUGAGUCUGCAAGCAAAGCAAAUUUAAUCAAUGAUGCUGUACCAGAAGACUACAACCAAAAAACACAAGAAGACGAUAAAAGCUUGUCUGAAGAAUUUCAUGAAAGUAAAUCCAAGAACAUUAAUGAAGAGGUGGAAGUAAUAGUAUCUAGAAGUGAAGAUAUCGAAACUGAAUCAAAGUCUGCAGAAAAUAAAGAUGAAGUUGUAGAAUUGAACGAUAAUAGAGCUUCUAGUGAUUCUUUAGAUCCCAAAGAAACUGAAUCUGAACAAUGUUCUCUUGAAGAGAUUGCAGAAUGUAAUGUGAUAGAGGAUAUUCAAAUUCAAGAGGACCCACUUGUAGCCUCAGUUUUUUCUGAAGAAGUUAUAGAAUUAGAAGUCGCAACUGUUGUCCAAAACACCAAUGAAGUUUUUGACUUUUCUAUAAAUGACCGAGAUCAUGAAACUUUAGUGGAUUUUCCUUUAGAAGAUGAAGUUUUUAUAGCUGAUCCGCCAGCUCAUGAAGUUAUUGUUACGGAUCCAUUGGAAGGUAUAGGAAUAAUUGAAGAAAGGGAUAUUGGAAGUCCACAAAUUCCUUUAGGACCUAUCACAACUACAUACGAAAUUCUUGUCGAAGAACCUAUUACUCAAGCUGUUAUUGUUGAUGCAUUGGAAAACAAGGGAGAAAUUGUUAAAGUUGCCAAAUCAGAAAUACAAAUUUUAUCUCCAACUUCUACUAAUAUUGAAGAUUGUACUACAAAAAAUAUACUGCAAAUGAGAAAAUAUAGUACAGAUAAUGAUUUUUUUGAUAAUAUUUGUGAAUUUACAGUAGCAACUAAAGCUGCUAAAAAAUCAUACGAGUCUGAUCUACAGGUGCAACAUGAUAUUGUGUCUUCUUCAAAUAAAGAUAAACAACGCAUAAGUAAGAGAUCAGGAUUAAAAAAGUCAAAAAGAUUAAAUGAAAAAGUACAAGCUAAGAAUGAGCAAAAGGAAAAAUUUAAAUUGUUGAAGGAGAGAAGAAAGCGCAAAGAAGAAUUAAGGCAGAAAUCUUUGAAAAUAGAAAUGAAUUUAGAAGUAAAGAAGAAGCGUAAAGAACAUAGUGAAGUUGUCAAUUUAAAUGAAAAAUCUUUGCCUACAGAAGGUAGGAGACAAGAAACUAAAAAGAAACAAACAAGCAAAGAAGAACUAAGACAAAAAUCCCUUAGUGAUAUUGAAACAAAAAAGUCAGUUCCAAAACUAGUUAUAGAACUGGAACAUUUCAAAGAAGUGAAAAAUUUUGAAAAAGAAAAGAACAAAGAUCCUUCGAAAAAUGAUGAAGAAGAAUAUGUUGACUUUAAGGAGCUGUUAAAAGCAAGAAAACUAAAAAAAUUAAAAAAGCUACUAGAAGCAAAAACAAAAGCAGAUGCUAAAGAACACGCAACUAAAAUUAAAACCAAUUCAAGUGAGAAACUUCGACAACUGAAGAAAUUGGAAAAACCAAACACCUGUUGUAUUGGAUGUAACAGUAGUUCUAAUAAAAAAGAAGACCAGCCGAAAAACAAAUUUUAUAAAAAAAUGACUAAAAAUGAGGAGCCUGUAAAAGUCAAUGAAGAACAGAAACCUCCUAAAGUAGAAACAAGUCCGAAAGUAGACGUUCCAACCAAAUCACCAAUACCUAUUCUAGAAAAAAUUCAACCUAAAAAAAGAGUAAGCUUCAGCGAAAACACUGCUCCAACACCAAUUGUAGUAGAGCCUAAAAUUCAAAAAAUGCAUCCGAAAGAUCCACGAAGAAGAUCCAAAACAUUUACAAAUCAAGUCCUUGCCCCAAGUGUUUCAGAAUUAAUUGAAGAAAACAAUGGCGGUGCAAGCAAAAAGAAAAUUAGCUUAGCUGAUUAUGUAAGCCGUAAACGUAAGGCCUCAUGUACGGAAAUUCAACCAGAAAAGAGGCCUAAAUUAGUUUCACUAGAUUCCACAGGAUAUGAAAGAAGUGAUUCUACAGAAUCUAAUAACAAUACCUUUGAAAAUAUUAUUAAAGAAAAAUCACUGAGUGAUAUUAAAACAUCUUUUCUAAUUCACUCGUCUGAUUGGGAAGAUUCACAUUCCCCACCGCCACCUCCUGAGCCUGAAGAAUGCCUUAUUGAAGAUUUCAGUGGCCUUAUUAAAAAUAAUAGUUCCAAAAAACCUGUUAUAGAUGUUAACGAAUUAACCCUUAUAGAAAAUCCCAAAGAUAAAAAACUGCAAGAGUAUAAAGAUAAAGUAGAUUCCCAGUUGAGUUCACUAAAUAUUCAAAUACCUAAAAGUAAGCCUUUGAAUCGAUCUCCUAAAAGUAAUAGUUUAGUUUCAAGAUUUUUAAAUAAUGAAAAAAUGUCGCAAAGCGAAAUAGAAGAAAUUAAAAAAAUUGUAUCUUACAAAAAAGCUAUGCAGCAUCCAAAAAACUGGACAUCACCGAGCAAGAGUCUAAGCGUAGAGAGUUUCACUAACAUAAAAAGUCCUGAAGCUGGUUCGAGUUCAUUGCAACAUUUUUCCACUCUGGAACAUUCAAAAAAAGUAAACUCGAAAAGGAAAACAGUUAGUGACGAAGACGACGAAGAUUCUGGCUCGGUGAGUGACGGUCCAAAAAAAUCCUAUUCAGUGUUUAAUCGCCUCGGCGAAGAUGGCUUACCGAAAAUUAUACUGAAAAGAAAUAUAAAGUGUAAGCAGACCAAAGAACCGAUAGUCCAAUUGGUCAAUAUCUUGGACGAUAUGGAAACAGUCAAGAAAAAAUACAAUGUAACUGUGAGGCAGAUAAUGUGAUUUAGGGACCAAAUAGUUUUUGUUACAGUUAAUGUAGUUUAUAAUAGUUUUUUUUUUUGUUAUUUAUUUGUUUUGGAUUGUGUGUAAUGCAAUUUUUGGCCAUAUUUUUGUUAUAACUGAGGCGAAAGUCAGCAGUAGUAACCAAAGUAGUGGAUUUCGUUUUUCUAAUAUUAUUGAUCUCGUAUGAAUGAACUUUUGGAAAAAAAUUGUAGGCGAAGUGGCACGAGAUCAAUAAUGAUUUCUCCCUUUUGUUUUCCAACAGUAAUCACAUUUAGAGAGCCAUUUUUAGAGAUUAAUGCUAAAUUUCAUCAAUAUCAAACGUUUAUAUUUAUUUUUAACAAUUUGACAAAAAUUUUAAAAUUAUUAUUGAAGAUUCCUAUUCAAUUGUACAUUUGUUUUAAUUAUUUUUAGUGUAAUCUCUAAAAAAGCACCUAAAUGUUUCCAAACAAAAAAAAAACAAUCUUUAAAAUGUAUAAAAAAAAAAUGUUCCUAAACACAUAAUAUAAUCAUUAAUAAUUAGGGAAAAUUAUUAAUCAUUAAAAUAAUAGUACAAUUUUAAAUAUAAAAAUUAUUUAUUAAAUAUGAAAAUUAAUUAUGUUGGCAAUUUUGAAUAUACCUAAGCGCAAUUUAAAAAAAGAAAAAUUAAUUUAUCAUAAAAAAAUUAAUAUACGUAUAACGUGUGAUGGUGUUUAAAUAUCAAAAAAACGUUAAUAAUUAUGAAAUAAAAUAUUUUUGAGAGUGUAUUGUAUAUUUGUGCUACUGAAAUUUUGUAAUUUGAAAAACAUAUUCAGUGUUGUCAAAGAAACUGAGCAGUUUUGUGAAUUUUUUACAGUAUUAAAUGUAACACAUUGUGCUAAAAUCUUUUUAUUGCUAAACACGAAAGUCACUGUGUGUAUUUAACUUUUUUGAAAAAUGCUUUUCAAAUUACCUAUUGAUUCCGAAAUGUGUCUUGUCUUGCAGUAAAUUAUGUGUGUGCUUUAAAAAAAAAACUCAAUGCAUUCCAACACAUGAAAUUAUAUAGAUAAAAGUUUAUAUUUUGUACCUAAAACAUUGUUUGUAAAUAUUUCAAUUUAUAGAAGGGUCUAUUAUUAAUUAUUCUUAUUAUCAUAGAAAAACUUUGCUUUUUACAGGGUGUGAUAUAGGUUAGUCCUACUAACAUUUAUUUAAGUCGUAAGUUAAAUUUAAUAAACCUUAUUAUUUGAUGGUGUUUGUUUAUAGCAAAAAUAUCUGACAUACAACUUUUUUGGUCAGUAAUAACUAAUCUAAAUAAAUAUACAAUUAAAAGUUUUUCUUUGAAAGUAAGCCUUUAUUUUUAAUUAUAUAAUAAUUAUUGGUUACCUUAAAAAGCACUAGAGAUAAUAUUUGUUAAAAAAUAUCAGAUGUUUUUUUCACGUUUUCUACAUGUAAUUUUUUUUUUGUUAUUUGAUUAAUAAGAGUGCCUUAGCACGUUGACUGUUAUAUUUAUCAAUCUUUUAGGUGUGGUAAGUUUGUAAAAAAAAUAUCAGCACAUUA